AUGGUCCAUUUAUCGCAAAGCCAGAACGAGCUGAGACAACGAGAGAGGAGGAAAGAGAGAGAUAACAAAGAGGGGAACAUUUUCAGGCAUUUCGUUGGUGAGAGGAUGGGAAGGCCACGCGAUACGAGUGUGAGAACAGAGCAGGGGGAGAGGAGAGAUGGCGGUGAUGGCGAGAGGAGAGACACAAGAGUAAGAGUGAGCAGCUUUCGAGAGCAGUUCGACGACAAUAUCUCAGACCUCGCUUUGGAUGGUGCAGACCAUGAGGGAAGGAACGGUGUCCAUAUUCAACCCACAGGCGAAGAGGAAGUAAAAAAUGGAAGGAGAGUGGGUGAUGAGAAUCAGCAUGUCGCAGAGGUUGAAGCAGAAACGCGGUGGUGGAGACGUGGAAGCAGGGAGAGGGAUUACUGCACGCCUGAAGAGAGACGGGUGGUUGAGGAGUGGAUUACGGGGUGUGAGGGGGCAAGGUGUAAGGGGUUUGUGAAAAGGGUCCGUGAAAGGGGCGAAAGUAAUGAGAGAUUCGAGGAUGCGGGCGAGGAUGAGAGGGAGAGGGAGCUCGAUCGAGGGUCGCUUUAUAUCAAGACAGUUUGGAACCCACGGCUGGUUGAAAUCAUGAUCAUUUCGAUAUCAUUUCAAUUAACAGUUCAAGAUUCCAAAGUAGAAAGGGCUUUCAUCAACAUGGAUAACUCUUCUGACACGUCUAAUUUCGAAACCAAGAAGCCCAUGAGGCCUUGUCCUAGAUGUCCGCAUCGACUCUCUGACCUCUGGACUCAUGAGACUACUCCAGAACCCGAACAACCAACUUCAGAAGCACUGGAGACAGGGCCUACAAACAAGGACGAUGGCAACGGAGAUGAGUCCAGCAGCACUAAUGUCGGCGACCAAGUCGACCAGGGACUUACCUCAAGGCUUCCCCCUGACUAUCCCGACACUGCUUCAGAACAAAGUCAUCCACCCAAAUACUCCGACGAUGAGCAAGGAUCCAAUAUAUCUGAGAAUGGCUCCUCAGAGUACCACGAACUGGAGAGCGACGACGAAAACCAAAGCAGCGAUGACCACGAGACCUAUGAAGAUUAUAAGACCGCAAAGGAGUACCAAAGUGACGAGGAACACUUGCUCGGUGUCCAUCUCAGGGGAGGAGGUCCUGAAGACGCGUGUGAAUUCUGCAAGCUCUUCCCACCUGGCUCCAAAUGUCCAUUAUGCGCUCCGAGACCGCCAUAUGCCAAAAAGAAUCUUGAAGCAGACUCGGAGGUGAAAAUGAGAGGAGGAGGUGAGGAGGAUCGAAGCUCAACAGAUUUUGUGUGCCGUCCAGCAUGGUAUACUUGCUUUUGUGGACAAAACCAUGGAUUUCCUGGCCAAGGAGAGACAAUCGAUGGUGAGGAACAAGAAGAGUUUUCAAAAGCGGAAGGAGGUGAUGAAGUCGAAAAGGAAAUGACGGCGGAUGAUGGAGUGAUAGGGGAGACAUUUGAAGACGGGCAUUUGAUUCUCUGGAAGCUUUGCGACAGAUAUGAGGAGAUCAAAAGAUUGGAACUUGCUGGAGAGUUUGAUGACCCCAGACUGUGGGAACUCCGUGCGGAGGCCAUGGAGUACGCGGAGGCAGAUGAACAGGACUUGGGACAAUUUGAGGAGUGGAAGCAAUUUGUUGAGGAUGCGUUGCCGCUCCGGCAGCCAGAGCAGGCAUCUGAAGGAGAGACAGUGUCUAAGUCUCUUAGCACUGUAGCCGAGGAAGAAGAGAAUUGA